CACACACAGUGAAGAGCCAGGCCACCUACAUAUACCUGUUCAAGAAACCAUGGCAAAGCGUGUUGCAGUUAUUCUCUCAGGCUGUGGAGUCUAUGAUGGCACGGAGAUCCACGAGGCCUCUGCUGUCCUUGUUCAUCUGAGUCGUGCUGGAGCAAAAGUGCAGAUGUUUGCUCCUAAUGCAGAUCAGAUGCAUGUUGUAAACCACUGUGAGGGGAAGCCUACAGAGGAGAAAAGAAAUGUCCUGCAGGAAAGUGCCCGCAUCGCCCGGGGUGACGUGACUGAUCUGGCUGAGUUAGAUGUUUCAGCUUUUGAUGCUGCCAUCAUCCCAGGGGGUUUUGGUGUAGCUAAGAACCUGAGUGACUGGGCAGUGAAGAAUAAAGACUGCACCAUCCAGCCACAUCUAGAGAAGCUCAUCAAGGCGUUCCACAAAGCUGGAAAACCGCUGGGCAUGUGCUGCAUCUCCCCCGUCCUCGCUGCUAAAGUCCUGCCAGGCUGCGAGCUCACUGUGGGACAGGACAAAGAGUGUGAAAAGUGGCCACAUGCCCAGACAGUCGCGGCUGUAAAGACGAUGGGCUGCAAACAUGUGAAUACAGAUGUGGAGGAAGCUCACGUUGAUGUCAAAAAUAAGCUGGUCACCACCUCUGCUUUCAUGUGCAAUGCUCCCAUUCAUAAAGUGUUUGAUGGAGUAGGUGUCAUGGUGAAAGAGACACUUAAACUGGCUUAAGAAAUCUCUAAAACAAACUGGAUAUUUUCAUUUUUUCAUUUUAAACCUGUAAUUCUGUAAUUUUCUAUGCAAACAUGUUUCACGCCAUUUAUAUUUUAGCAUUUAUCUGAUGUUACAUAUAUAAUAUGUUGUUAUGAGAUUUUUUAAUAAAAGCUGCUCUGCCAA